AUGGAUGAGUGCAGUAAAAAUUACCAUUUUCUCUGCAACUCUUCACGGAAGUGUAUUCACUAUCAUCGGGUUUGUGACAGUAAUUCUGACUGUAUAGGAGGUGAAGAUGAGGCUGCUGGUGUCUGUACCAUGCGUAAAUGCCUUCGACACGGCGGAUUUUUGUGCAAUAUUUCCCAGAAGUGUAUCCCAUAUUCUCGGGUCUGUGACGGAUAUAAAGACUGUGUUGACGGUGAAGAUGAGUCUCCACCUGCGUGCAAUCUCAAACAGGUGUGUGAAUCAAAUCGUUCCUGGGACGGUUGUUUGGGUCAAUGUAAACCUGGUUUUUUCGGCAAUUAUUGCGGGAAACAUUGUUCAGAACAUUGUUUGAAUGAAAUAUGUGAUAAAUCAAGUGGAAUUUGUAAAGACUGUACGCAAACGUAUUUAGAAAACUGUUCACUAGAAUGUGCACAAGGGUGUCGCGAAAAAGAAGGUUUCCCGACAUGUGACAGACAAAGUGGUAAAUGUUUGCAUGGCUGUAAUCAUUAUCACUACGGUGACUUUUGCAACAACACAUGUAAACACUGCAAGGGAAAUUCCUCGGAUGCUUCAUGCGAUAUUAACGGUGUAUGUCUUUAUGGAUGUGAGAACGGUUAUUGGGACAAGAAGUGCAGUUCUAAAUGCAGUGCCAACUGUGAAGGUGACGAGCAAGGAAACCGUUGUAAUUCAUCCACCGGAGAAUGUAUAAACGGCUGUACACGUGGGUGGAGAGGUUUAUUUUGUGGGGCUCUCGAAAAGCAAUGUGAAUCGAAGCUCUCCGCAACAGAAGGCUGCUUGGGUCGAUGCUCACCAGGUUAUUUUGGGAAAUUUUGUGGGCAAAAUUGUUCAGAAAAUUGUUUAGAUGGAAUAUGUAAUAAAUCAAGUGGUAUUUGUAAAGACUGUACCAGAAGGUAUUUAGAAAACUGUUCUAUCAAAUGUGGUCAAGGGUGUCGCGAGAAAGAAGGUUUUCCGCAGUGUGACAGACAAAGUGGCAAAUGUUUGUAUGGCUGUUAUCUUUAUCACUACGGUGACUUUUGCAACAAAACAUGUAAACACUGCAAGGGAAAUUCCUCCAAUGCUUCAUGCGAUAUUAACGGUGUAUGUCAGUAUGGAUGCGAGAACGGUUAUUGGGACGAGAAGUGCAGUUCUAAAUGCAGUACCAACUGUGAAGGUGACGCAUAUGAAAACUGGUGUAAUUCAUCCACCGGGGAAUGUUUUAACGGCUGUAUCCCUGGGUGGAGUGAUGUGAGCAAUCGUCAGACUGUGACUCUGGAUACCGACAACUUAAAGACAGCCUUGAUACUAGCUAUUUUCUCUGUGGUUUCCGUUGUUGUCGGGAUUAUCUGCUAUUUAAAGACUCGAAAAAGGUUCAAUCGACAGCAGAAUGAACGCAUAGAACCAUGCCAAGUGUUUUCAGUUGGCGUACAACCAGGACAGCAACUCUCAGAAUCUUUGAGACGGCAAAACCUUGACCUGUAUGCCGACAUCAACGAAGAAACCAUGGAACAAUACCGGUACUUCGGUGAGCAAAACUCACCAGAUCACUAUGAUGAAAUUAACUCCACAAUUUCUGACUAUCAUACUGGAAACGUGCCUUCAGACGAAUGUACAGACGAUAGUAAUUCCCUACAGAGCAUCUCAAAAUCUGAAGACAAAACUGGUCUUGACAGUACUGACGAAACUAGAUCCAGGCACAGCGCCACACAUUAUUAUAGUGAACUUGAUCAUGCCUGUAAUACAGACAAUAUGAACGGAGUUAAUCCCCGAAGUAGCGUUGUAGAAUCUUAUAGCAGUAUUGAACGUAUGUGCACGAAAGAUCAUAUGGACCUUGAAACACUUUGUCAAACAAACAAGGCUGAGGACCGGCUAAAGUCAGCUACUAGAGAAAGCGAUGAGGGGGAAGAAAUAUUUGGUGAUUUAGGACAAUUUCAUGUGGAUUAUAUUCAUGCUAUUGCGAGUGACGAAUGUGAAUUGCUAAGUAAUGAAUUAGAGUCUUCCCUAUAA